AUGGCGAAACAACUAAAUCACGCUGCUUACACAGUAGCAUGGAUCUGCCCACUGGAGGUGGAACAGAUUGCUGCAAUGGAAAUGCUGGACGAGGAGCAUGUGAAACUGCCACAGAAAUCAGCGGACCAUAACGUAUACAACCUUGGAAGUAUUAACGGCCACAACGUCGUUAUCGCAGGCCUUCAUCUGCCCGGAAACUGCCCAGCAGCCGCAGUCGUCGCACAAAUGAAGAUGACGUUUCCCAACCUCAAGUUUGGCUUGUUGGUUGGUAUUGGCGGUGGCGUCCCACAAACCACAAAUAAUGGCAUGAUUCGGCUAGGGCAUGUGGUGGUGAGCAAACCAACCGGUGUACACUCUGGCGCCGUGCAGUAUGAUCACGGCAAAGCCAGGGAUGGCUAUUUUGAACGCACAGGUGCUUUAGCUCCGCCUCCAGCAGCCCUUCUCAAUGCUGCACGAGCUUUAGCAGUAUAUCGGGCACGGGCUGAUAACGAUCCUGUGCAAGAAGACGUGAGACGAAUCAAUACGGGUAAGCGGAGCCUUCGACACUACCGAUUCCCCGGUGUGGAAAACGACCACCUCUACAAGUCAAACCACAAACAUCUACAACCAGGGGUGUCUUGCGACCAAAGCAGAUGCGAUCCAUCACAACGUAUCCAAAGAUCAACUGAGGAUGACAAUACUUUUGUUGUUGUGCACAGAGGUACUAUAGCGUCUGGAGAACUGGUAGUCAAGGACGCUAUGUUGAGAGAUACGCUGGCCCAGCAAGACGGACUGCUAUGCUUUGAGAUGGAAGCGGCUGGAGCACUCGCCGGGUUUCCCUGUAUGGUCAUUCGGGGUAUUUCAGACUACUGCGACUCACAUAAAAACGACCAGUGGCAUGGAUACGCAGCAGCAACAGCAGCAGCUUAUGCAAGGCAGCUGUUCCAUUACAUGCCUAUCAAUGAGACACAGCCAAAUCCUGUUUGUGCUGCCAACCCCCCUACAGCUACGUUUACGCUUGCUCUCAGCUUGCCAGGAGUCACCGAAGUGCAACAAUUUGUUGCUAGAGGUGCCGAAUUGACACGCCUACAUGAGGCAUUGAAACAUAACGGUGAUCGUCGUACCGUUGUAUUGCACGGACUAGGCGGCAUGGGAAAGACUCAAUUAACAAUUGCCUACAUCAAGAAGCACCGCGAUGACUACUCGGCCGUGAUAUGGCUGAAUGCAACAGAUGAAACAUCGCUAAGACAGAGUUUCCAGCGAGCUGCUCAAAGAAUCUUGUACAAGUAUCCUUCAGUGGGAUAUCUCGAAAAUGCCAUGACGAAUCUUGACCUCGAUGAAAUAGUAAGGGCAGUUAAGCGGUGGUUGGAUCAACCGAGCAACAAUCGAUGGCUUAUUGUUUACGACAACUAUGAUCAUGCUAAGUUUGAGGGCAACGACGUAGUCGAAGACAACGACGAAUUGGUAGCGGAAGGUAUUGAACUCAACUCAGGCAAAACAAGCCAGCGCGAGACAGAAGCUUCAAAAGCGUACGACAUCCGCAUGUAUCUUCCCGAAACCGAGCAUGGCGCCAUCCUCAUAACCUCUCGACUGGCAAAGAUACAAAUAGGAAAUAACAUUCAGCUCCGCAAAAUGGACGAAAUCGAUGACAGCUUAGCUAUUUUGGCAUCAACAUCGAAUCGAACCAAUCUAAGACAAGAUCCAGCUGCUAUCGAACUUGCACAACAACUUGAUGGGCUCCCACUUGCUCUAUCAACGGCUGGAGCAUACCUAAACCAGGUUUCAACAAGUUUUGAGGAGUAUCUUAAUCAAUACAAAAGCUCAUGGCUUCAUCUACAAAAGAGUAGCCCGCAGCUACGGUCAUAUCAUCAAGCCAUGUUCUCAACGUGGAAUAUUUCGUAUGCACACAUCAAGCGUCAGAUCCCCGAGUCAGCAUCGCUUCUCAAGUUCUGGGCAUACUUUGAUAAUGGCGAUCUAUGGUACGAGUUGCUGCGAGAGGGGGGUCCAAGUGGCCCGGCAUGGCUACAAAAUGUCACAGAAGACAAAAUUACUUUUGACGCAGCAAUGAGAGUAUUAUGCGACCAUGGAUUAGUGGACGCAAACCCCUCAACAAAAGAGCCCAAAGAAGAAUCACCAGGAUACAGCGUUCACGGCUGUGUUCAUUCUUGGAUGACAUAUGUGCUCAAUACAGAAGUCAACGUGGAUAUGGCUUGGCUAGCGACAGAGUGCAUAGUGUUGCAUGUCCCAGAAGAUGAACAGCCCGGAUACUGGUGGCAGCAGCAACGGCUUCUUAAACAUUCAGACAGGUGUCUUACCUGGUCAUCUCAAUGGCUUGAGUUACUGCAAGAAGCCAGGGCCAUGCAUGUUUUGGGUGACCUUAAUGAAAGCCAGGGCCGGUUUGCAGAGGCCGAGGCUAUGUAUGAGCGGGCCCUACAGGGCCGUGAGAAGGCGUUAGGGCCAGACCAUACUUCAACGCUUACUACAGUCAACAACCUAGGCAUUCUCUAUAAAGCCCAGGGCCGGCUUGCAGAGGCCGAGGCUAUGUAUAAGCGGGCCCUACAGGGCAAGGAGAAGGCGUUAGGGCCAGACCAUACUUCAACGCUUAAUACAGUCAAUAACCUAGGUCUUCUAUAUGAAGCCCAGGGCCGGCUUGCAGAGGCCGAGGCUAUGUAUGAGCGGGCCCUACAGGGCUAUGAGAAGGCGUUGGGGCUAGUUGCGUUGAAAACAUUUCUCCCCGCCUUGAAUACGCUCCAAAAUUUUGGGAAUUUAUGUAAGGAUCUGGGGAGAAUAGAAGAAGCAGUUACAUAUUAUAAACAGGCACAUACCGGUAUUUUCACCGUGUUUGGACCACAACACGAUCGAUACGAAUACUUGAGCGAACAACUUAGUUUCUUACGGCUUUCUGAAAACGACGAAGAAAGUCUACCUGCCGCAGAACAUUCAUCUAAAAAAGGACGAAGACGGAAACGGAGAGUAAAAGGACAAAAGAAAGAUAGCUAG